UCUGAACGCCACCGGGAGGGCGACGCGGCGGCCGCGGCCAUGGGCGCUGGGCCUGCGGGGGUGCGCAGGGGGCGCGAGGCGCCAGCGGGCCGGGCGGGAGAGACGAUAGCCGGGACUGGCCCUCGAUGCUGAGCCGCGGUGGGGGACCCCGCGGGCGCUGCGAGGUCCCGUGAGCGCGAGCGGGGCGCAUCAGGGGAGCCGCGCGGCCGCCUCAGGGCUGUCGCCUGGCCGCCAGGCCCGUCGGCAGGGCCGUGUGGACACAUCAGGGGGCGCGGUGACCCCGCCCGGCACGUUUCGGGGGUUCGGGGCGCGUCCGCAGGGGCCAACGCGCUCCCUCCGCGGACACCGCCAGGGCCCGGCGCCGCCUCCGUCGAGCCCCCGGGAGCCCCCGGAUGGCUGAGCUGCCCCCUCGCCGGCCGCCCGGGCGCCGCCGCGGCUGAGCUCGCUGGGAUCGCCGGGCCGCCGCCGCCCUCGUCGCCCCCUGCAUGCCCGGCGCCCGGGUCGCGGCCCACCUGGACGCGCUGGGCCCCCUGGCCCCCUACGUGCCGCCGCCGCUGCUGCCCUCUAUGUUCUACGUGGGCCUGUUCUUCGUCAAUGUGCUGAUCCUGUAUUACGCCUUCCUCAUGGAGUACAUCGUCCUCAACGUGGGCCUCGUCUUCCUGCCAGAGGACAUGGACCAGGCGCUCGUGGACCUCGGCGUGCUCUCCGACCCCGGCUCGGGCCUCUACGACGCCGACUCGGAGCUCGACGUCUUCGAUGGGUACUUGGAGUAGGGCCCUGGCUGCCGUUUCCCCCCUCUCCCCACGACCCGCGACCCCCGGCUCGGACCUGCUGCCCAGAUCAUGCCACCGCCGCUGGUUGGGGGCACCGUCCGGCCAGGGAUGGGACCCCCCCCAGGACGAGGCCCUCCCCAGGCUCCGAGGCCUGCCUGCUCCCCUCCAAAGCUUCGUGCCAACACAGAGAUUCCUGCCCAGCCCGAGGAGAGUGGGAAGGCGAGCUCAGGACUGAGCGCUGAGGUGGACGGCAGGGGUGUCCGAAGACCUCGUCCGCCCGCAGUGUGGCCCAGACGGCCUAGCCUUGGGCUUACGGCCCGUCACGGUCACUAUGGAUGUUUACAGGAACCCAGCCAGAGUUUGCCUCCCUGCUCUUCACCCCCGACUGCAACUGCUUCCCCCACUUAACCUUCGGAGAGGACACUCACUUCAGACUCCGGACGCACACAGAAGCCACUCACAGCUCACUCUGAUGCCAGCUGCGCCUUAAGCCUGGCUGGCUUCGGACCAAGGCUGAUCUUAGAGGGCAUGACUGUUGCAGGGAGUGAUGCAGAAGAAAGAGAAGCCAGAGAACGUGUCGGGGGCUGAGGGUAGGCUUCUGACUUAUUCAUUUCAAGUUGCUUGUUCUUCAUCAAUUUGGCAGAGGUCUUUGGGACAGAACUGACACAUCACGUUGGGGAAGUGCCAAGCAGCUCCUCUGGCCAGAAAUAUUUUUUGAAAAUGUGAGUGGUGUGAAUACUUCGAUAAACCUGUGAAAGCAAUACUUAGGAGGCUGACUUCUUUCGAUUAAAAAUGUAUGCAACUUCAA